AUGAACAUGGGACUUAACAAGUACCGCGAUACUGUGGCGAGCGUUACAGAAGCAAAUGCGGAGUCAUUGUUAGCUUUCUCCGUCACUGCUACCGCAUGGGUUCUUUUUACAACGGCGGAGGACUUCUACACGCUUCUACAUCCACUCCAUGAUAGCGGACAAGGACUGAAUUCAGAUGCGACCAUCCAAUCCCUUGUAGCCACUACUUCAAAGGUACUGCGUUUACUUCGAGGUGUACUUGUCAUAUUAGUGCCUUGCUGGAACCUGAUCGUGAACGGGGUGCUCAAGGACGUCGCAGAACGCGAUUGGUGGCCGUAUCCUGUACCAGCCACACCCGAGGCAAUUGAGGAUGAUAAGCGGCUCAGGGACAUAGAAAACAUGUGGACGAGGUCGGAUCGACCAUAUGAGUACCGGUUCGACACUCUGAGACAGGUUCUGAAGGACCUGCGGGAUAACUUCGCGCGUGUCUCGCAGCUCACUGUUACUGACAAGGCAAAACAAACGCGCUAUGGGAAGCUUGUCGAUUGGACUUCGGUGUUGACUUGGCCCAUUCAACUACCUCUGGCCUUUGUGGAAUUCGUGGAAGCACGCCAACCCGAGGCCUGGGUACUCCUCGCGCAUUAUGCAAUACUGCCCGACAAAGUCGAAGAUGUUUUCUGGUUAAAGGACCUCGCUCCAAAUAUAGUAUCCGCUGCUGCCCUUGUUUUGGGGGAGCAUAUGCGAAGCUUAAUCGAGUGGCCUGCCGAAGUUGUUGGUGUUGAUUUGGGUCCGCUCUAUUCGACACACGGACAUAAACCGAGGGUCACAAGUACAACGGAAUGA